AUGGACGUGGAAAAGAAAACAGCCUCCAAAGGCUUUGUGUCAAGCCCGCCGCGGUCUCAUCUGGAAAACAGCCUUGCCCUCGCCUUAUCACGGCGUCGACAAGCUUCAACACUUCGCAAUCUGACACUUCCCUCUUCCAAUGCCAUCGACUUCAGCUCAAACGACUUUCUCUCGCUCUCCAGCUCUUCUGCCUUACGAAAUCUCUAUCUUCGCGAAUUGACUGCUCGCCCUGACUUUCCUCUCGGCAGUGGCGGCUCAAGGCUACUCGACGGCAACAGCAAAUAUGCCGAAGCACUGGAGAGAGACAUUGCAGCCUUCCACGGCGCAGAAGACGGCUUGUUGUGUAAUUCCGGCUUCGACGCAAAUGCAGGACUGUUCUCGGUUCUAGCACAACCCGGUGACAUCGUGGUCUACGAUAGCUAUAUCCACGCCAGUGUACACGAUGGCAUGAGGGGAAGCCGUGCAGGAGCCAACUUUGCUUUUGUACACAACUCAAUUACGGAUCUGCGAUCGGUGCUAGAGAGGUGUAUCAAAUCCGAUGAGAAGUUCAGAUCUGGUCAUCGUAACAUUUUUAUUGCAGUCGAGGCAAUUUACAGCAUGGACGGUGACGUUGCACCGUUAAAGGGAAUUGUUGAGGCAGUAACCGAGUUGUUACCCAAUGGUAAUGGACAUAUCAUCGUAGACGAAGCACACUCUACAGGUGUGUUGGGUCCUCAAGGCAGAGGCUUAGUCUCUGCACUUGGCCUCGAGGACAGAAUCACCAUCCGGUUACAUACAUUCGGCAAGGCGAUGGCUUGCAAUGGUGCCAUCAUCCUCUGUAGUCCGCUGAUAAAGCACUACCUUAUCAACUACGCUCGGCCACUUAUUUACACGACCUUUUUAUCCUUCCCAGCACUCGCUGCUAUCCGAGCUGCUUACACAUUCUUGUCCACCGACAACACCACCGCACUCGCUGCACACCUCUUCGGCCUCAUCACUCUUUUACACGAAAGAUUAUUCGUGCUUACCUCGAGCUUACCACAACAUCAACGUCACCUUCUUCAAGUAUUAGAAGAAUGCCCACCAUCACCGAUAUUCUCGGUCCUCAGUUCGGACCCACGCGGUCUUGCGAAAUUUUGUCAGGAGAAGAAUUUUGUGGUCAGACCUAUUGUACCACCGACUGUGCCUUUAGGUUCCGAGCGUAUCCGAGUGUGCUUGCAUGCAGGAAACACAAAGGAAGAAGUCGAGGCAUUGGUAGCAAGAAUUACUACCUGGGUAGAGGGCAAGACUAGAUUAACGAGUUCAAAGCUAUAG